AUGGUGGUCCUGGUGGCGCCCCAGGUGACACACGGCAACUUCACGCAGACAGUGUAUGGCUACAUCCGGGACCAAAAGCUGGAGGCGGCCAUCACUGUGUUGCAGAACCAAUGGCAGAGAAUCCCGGAGAACCGAGCCGCUCUAUCACUGCUGGGUUAUUGCUACUAUCACCUGGGAAGUUACCCAGCAGCUGCUGAAAUGUAUGAGCAACUCGUGCGACUGCACCCUGACAAUCAAGACUACAGGCUGUACUAUGCACAGUCGCUCUGCAAGUCAGGGAUGUAUGCAGAGGCAACCAAGGCGGCAACGGCGGUAAAAAAUCGACAGGCACAAGUCACGGCCCUCCAUUUUGCAGUGAAAUACGAGCAGGACGACAUCCCAGGUGAGGACAAUCUCUAA